CAUUCAAAAAAUCACAAAACAAAACAAAACAAAGAAAAUGUUGAAAGCAAAGAAGAAGCUAUGGAGUCCUCUCUCCAAACGUCUCCUCCAGACCAGAACCAUCUCUUCAACGACAUGUGGCUUCUUACAGAACCAACAACAGCAUCUCUCCAAUUCACAACCUCACUCUCCCUUUCCUUUCUUUUCCUACAACAACAACAACAAAAAAAUCCAGACUUCAUCUUCAAGUGGGUUUUCCUCCCACUUUCUCUCUUUUUCAGGGAAAAGUUUCUGCUCUGCCCAAUCUUCCGAGAAAACCAACCUCAGAUGCUGGAACUGUAAUGCCGAGCCUCAAAACGCACCGUUUUUGGUCUGCGAGUCUUGUACAACCAUCCAGCCUGUUGAUCACUCUGUUGAUUACUUCCAAAUAUUUGGCCUGGAAAACAAGUAUGAAAUAGAGGAGGAUCAUAAUUUGGAGGUGAAGUAUAAAAAUUGGCAGAAAAAAUUGCAUCCUGAUUUAGUUCAUUCAAAACCUGAGAAAGAGAGAGAGUUUGCUGCAGAACAAUCAGCUAGGGUGAUUGAUGCUUACCGGACGCUGAACAAUGCCUUGUCAAGGGCAAUAUACAUUCUGAAACUUGAAGGUGUAAAUGUUAAUGAAGAAGAAACAGUGUCAGAACCAGAGCUGCUAGCUGAGAUUAUGGAAAUCAGGGAAGCAGUUGAAGAGGCACCUGACUAUCAGGCUUUAAAGGAGAUCCAGUCUUUGAUGCAAGAGAAAUUACAAAACUGGUCUAAUUCCUUUGCAAGUGCAUUCCAAGGCCAUAAAUUUGAAGAAGCUAAAAAUUGCAUCCGGAGAAUGACUUAUUAUGACCGUGUAAAUGAAGAAAUUGUGAAGAGGCUUUAAAAAAAGUUCAGCAUGUCAUUUUAGGGUCAACAACGCUUGAUUCCAAUUCAUUGGAUUAUCAUCUUCAACGAAAUUUGUAGGCAGAAUUUUGGUGGCAGACCUAGUGGAGACAGCUAAAAAUAAUAUAUCCAAACGUUGAGAGAUCAUUUUGUUUUUGUAAGAAAUCACCGGCUCCACCACCCUUGCUAUGUUGUAGGGUUGGAAUAAUCACUCGCACUAUAUUGUAGGUUGGAAGUAAAAAACUUUUAAAGAGCAAAAGAAGAUAUUUAGGUAUU